AUGGACACUGACACGAGAACGAUACUCAUCAACGACGACGUCCCCGACCUCCCCGCCAUUGCCGAGAGGAUGGCCACGACGACGGCGAGGCUGGAGGCCGAUUUCUCCAAGGUGGAGACCAAGAUCCACCGGUUCCCCCGCAGCCUGCGAGGAAUCGGCGGCGACAAGGAUCGCUACAUCGUCCCCAGCGUGGUGGCCAUCGGCCCGUACCACCACGGCGCGCCGCACGUGCACAAGAUGGAGGAGGUCAAGCUCGCGGCGGCCUACUACCUCUGCCGAGCCUCGCGCCGCUCCACCGCGGAGGUGUACGAGAAGGUGCGCUCCGUCGCGGGCGCCGCCCGCGGCUGCUACGACGCCGACGACCCCGCGGUCGUGGGCCUCGGCAACGCCGAGUUCGCCGCCAUGAUGUUCCUCGACGGCUGCUUCCUGCUGCAGUACAUGGUCGCCGGCGGUGACGUCACGACGACGACACGACGGCGCCCGUGCUGCAGAACCGGAUGA